UUCACAGAUCUUCUCUUCUCAUCGUCUCUCUCGCUCGCCAACUCAAAACGAUCGCCAUGCGUCCACCACGCUCCCUGGCGCCCGCCGCCGCGGCGCUGCUCGCGCUCACGGUGGCGCUGGCCUCCGCCGCGGCGGCCCGUCACCCCUACGCCACCGUCCGGCCGCCGGCGGAGCGGGCGGACGCGGAGGUGCGGCGCAUGUACGCGGCGUGGAAGUCGGAGCACGGCCGCCAGCGCGCGCCCGCCGGCAACUGCGACCUUGCCGGCGGCGAGGAGGAGGACCGGCUGCGCCUGGAGGUGUUCCGCGACAACCUCCGCUACAUCGACGCCCACAACGCGGAGGCGGACGCCGGGCUCCACACCUUCCGACUCGGCCUCACCCCCUUCGCAGACCUCACCGUCGAGGAGUACCGCGGCCGCGUCCUCGGCUUCCGCGGCCGCCGCGGCGCGGCGCGCCGGGCCGGGAUCACCCGCUACCUUCGCCGCCACGACGACCAGCUCCCCGACGCCGUCGACUGGCGCCUGCUCGGUGCCGUCACCGAGGUCAAGAACCAAGAGCAAUGCGGUGGGUGCUGGGCGUUCUCGGCAGUGGCAGCCAUGGAGGGGAUCAACUCGAUCGUGACGGGCAACCUCAUCUCCCUGUCGGAGCAGGAGGUGAUCGACUGCGACGGCCAGGACAACGGCUGCAACGGCGGAGAGAUGCAGAACGCCUUCCAGUUCGUCAUCGACAACGGCGGGAUCGACACCGAGGCCGACUACCCAUUCACCGGAACCGACGGCACUUGUGACGCCAACCGGGUGAAUGAGAAGGUUGUGACCAUAGACUACUUCGUGGAUGUGGCGACCAACAACGAGACGGCGUUGCAGGAGGCGGUGGCGAGCCAGCCCGUUAGCGUCGCCAUUGAUGCCGCCGGUCGCGCAUUCCAGCACUACCAGUCGGGCAUCUUCAACGGGCCCUGCGGGACGAGGCUGGACCACGGCGUGACGGCGGUGGGCUACGGCAGCGAGAACGGCAGGGACUUCUGGAUCGUGAAGAACUCGUGGAGCGACGGCUGGGGCGAGGGCGGAUACAUCCGGAUGGCGCGCAACGUGCCCUCGCCCAGGGGCAAGUGCGGCAUCGCCAUGGACCCGUCGUACCCGGUGAAGUACAGCUCCAACUCCAACAGCAACCCGGCGGCCAGGGCGGCCAUGGCUGUGCUGGAGAUGGUCGUUGCUUAGGCACAGAGAGGUUGCCCCUUGUUGCAGACUUGCAGUGGUGUGUGUGGACUUGAGUUGCUUGUCUGCACUAGUGUUGUUCUGAAUUAUGCGUGAGGAUCUUGUUGAACUUAGUAUCUGCAUGUAGCUCCGGAAAUAAGUUAAUAAGUCAUGCAAUAAAUAUUAUACUCCUUUUCAGGGGUAAUGUAAUAAAGUUACAAAUAAAGUUUGUUUGUGCUUA